AUGGUGUGCUUCCACUCAUUCACUCUUCUUUCCCUCGCUUCCGCGGCUGCUGCGCAGCAGUGUAAGAUCCAGUUCGAUGGACGAAUCCCGUCCGGGACCGCGUUGAAGGCCCUCGACGCGAAGAACAACUUCUUCAACCCCCAAAAUGUCUUCGGCAAGGGCCUGGCCUUCAGCAAAGUCCUGCAACUGCCCAAGCAGGCCGGCUCGCCUUUCGAUGGCACCGCCAACGUGCCCGUUGAGAUCACCAUCAGCGACAAGUCCAUCUUUAAUAACCAGACAGGCUUCCGCCGCGCCGAGCUCAUCCCAUCCAGCAACUCGGGCACCGACGCCUCCACCACCGGCGUCAAAACCUUGCAUUUCAGCAUCGCGAAGGACGCACAGCGCCCGCUGAAUGCGUCUCACGAAUACCAGAUGGCUUUCCUGGAGAGUAACGACUUCAGCACGAACCAGAUGGUCCUCAAGACUGGAACCAUCCUCGGCGGAAACACCGCGGACCCGGACACCCUCCAGCUCUUCGGCAACGUCAACACGAAGCCGGUGCCUCCCCUGCUUUUUAGCACACCGUUCACUGAAGGUGUCACCCACAACUUUGCCGUCACCUUGGACUUUAAUGCCAAUACCAGCAAGGUCUUCUAUUCCACAGAUAAGAACGCCCUCGCCCCUCAGGGUGAUGCCGUCAAGAACGAUGUGAGCGGACAGGGCCAGUACCACUUCGGCCUCCUGAAGAAGCCCGUUGGAGGCGAGGGAGACAUCACCAAGAACGGUUUCCAGCCUGCUGGAAUCAACGAGGGCGUCAUCUUCAGUGGCAUCUUCCUGGAGGACAGUGCCAACGGAUGCGUUAGCUUGUCUCCGUAA